GACUUUACAUAUUGGCAUUGACAUAAAAAUCAAAAAUUUAAGAGCAAAGAGAAAUAUUCCAAAUGUUCAAAAAACAUUGAUUACUAAAAUAAACCUAUACUAUUUACCGCGCCUUCAAUUCAAAGUUUCAUUAAAAUGAGUCAAAGAUCUCUCACAUUCGUCACAGGAAAUAUAAAAAAAUUAGAGGAGGUGAGAGCUAUUUUAGGUACAAAUUUUCCAUUAGAAGUUGUAAGUCAUAAGUUAGACUUACCCGAAUUGCAAGGAGAAAUAGAAGAAAUAUCGAUUAAAAAAUGUCUAGAAGCCGCACGCUGUAUAAAUAGGCCUGUAUUUAUUGAAGACACUAGUCUUUGUUUUAAUGCAUUGAAAGGUCUACCUGGACCUUAUAUUAAAUGGUUUUUAGAAAAAUUAAAACCAGAGGGCUUACAUCAACUACUCACUGGAUGGGAAGAUAAAUCAGCAGAGGCAGUUUGCACAUUUGCCUACAGUCCUGGUGAUGGCAAGGAUGUGGUAAUCUUUCAAGGAAUAACAAAAGGUACAAUAGUUUCUCCGAGAGGUUCUAGAGAUUUUGGUUGGGAUUGUAUUUUUCAACCUGUAGGUUAUGACAAAACUUAUGGAGAAUUACCAAAGGAAGAAAAGAACAAAAUAUCACAUAGAUACAGAGCAUUGGACAAGUUAAGGAGUUAUUUCAUAGAUAAUAAUGGACAAAUAUAGAUACUACUGUAACCAUAAAUAAGUGUAUAAGUUUUUGUUUUUGCAGCUUUGCUAUGAGGCAAUGAUGUGAUAUUAUUCAAGUAAUAAAAAAUAUAUAUAUUAA